AUGCCGGUACUCGCAGUGCUGCUGCUGCUGGCCCUCACAGCAUCCGUCCAGCUCCAUGCCGCCGCACCGCCCGCUUCCGUUGUGGCGGUUGCCAAUCGGGACGCGGAGGGCGCCAUCGUACUGGACGCGGACGAGGCGCACAAUUUCCAGCCAAGCGCCGCCGCAUGCCGUGACAGCUGCCUCAACACCACCGGUUGCAAUGUGUGGGUGUGGUGUGCUGCCGUGAGUGGCUGUGUGCCGGGCGGCUCCUACACCAGAGACCAAAGGAGGUACCAACAGUGCUGGCUCAAGUACGACACGCCGCCAAAACAAGGUGCAUCCACCCGUGGCAAGUUCCCCCGCCCCAAGAACUCGGCUGAUACGGCAACUGGCUGGAUGAGCGGCACCACAGCCGCGAACUUCACCGACAGCGCGCCCUUCCCCGAGAAGGGCUACUCGUGUAGUUGCGUCUCCACCUACCAGUAUGGCGGCUACAAUUUCGAGGGCAUGUGCGCACACAUUCAGGACUAUGGUUCUGCAUGUAUCGUCACCACCAACUGUCGAGAAAGUUCGUAUGGCGGUAUGCAGGGGUGCUCGGGCACUCAGCCCUGCACUGUGCUGCUGGACACCGAUCUCAACGAGACCUCGAUCAUUACCCCCGGAGAUUAUAACACCGCCGACUCGGCAGAGGACUGCUGCUACCAAUGUGCCAGCACCCAGGGCUGCAACUUAUGGACCUGGUGUGUUGAUCCAACGGGUUGCGACGGCGAGCGGUACCGCUUCCGCCAGUGCUGGCUCAAGCAAGCCGACCCCAAGAACCCGCAGCCCAAGAAGGGAUACGGCGGCAGUCCCGGAUGGAUUAGCGGCGUGCGGCUGACCUGGAUGCCGAUGUGA